UAACACAUUCUCUGUCAACAACUGAACACACUGCUCUUAAUUUCUUCUUCCAUUCACUCUCUAUCUUAAGCCAUGAGCAAGCUUCAGUUCUAUCCAUAUAGAAUCUUAACAAUCUCCUCUCUUCUUAUCCUCUUUCAACCUCUGCUGGUCUCCUCACUAUGCACAUGUGAGACACAGCACAAGGAUCAAAACGCAUCCCAGGCAGUCACAUAUAAACUAGUUGCUAUAGCUUCAAUUCUAGUUUCCAGUGCAAUUGGGGUCUGCCUUCCAUUGCUGCUCAAAAAUGUUCCAGCCUUACGACCCGAAAAGGCGAUUUACUUCCUGAUAAAGGCCUUUGCUGCAGGAGUGAUUCUGGCAACUGGGUUCCUUCAUAUACUCCCUGAUGCCUACGACAGCCUGAAGAGCCCAUGCCUCAGUGAAAAUCCAUGGGGGGGUUUUCCUUUCACUGGCUUCAUUGCCAUGAUGGCUGCAAUUUUGACACUGAUGAUGGAAGCUUUUGCGACUGGCUACCAUAGGAGGUCAGAGCUGAGGAAAGCUCAGCCAGUGAAUGGUGAUGAGGAGAGUGAUGGGGACCAUGCAGGCCAUGUCCAUGGCUCCGCCUUUGUGCUGGAGAGAUCCAACUCCUCUGAUCUUAUCCGGCACCGGGUCGUUUCUCAGGUUUUGGAGUUGGGAAUUGUGGUGCACUCUGUGAUCAUUGGCAUCUCCUUGGGGGCUUCUGAGAGUCCAAAGACAAUCAAACCUUUGGUAGCAGCAUUGAGCUUCCACCAGUUUUUUGAGGGGAUGGGGCUAGGUGGAUGCAUCUCUCAGGCAAAGUACAAGAUUAAAGCUACCAUAAUCAUGGUUCUGUUCUUCUCCCUCACAACCCCAACUGGGAUUGCUGUUGGCCUAGGGAUAUCGAAAAUUUACGACGAAAACAGCCCAACUGCACUUAUUGUUCAAGGGGUCCUGAAUUCGGCAUCGGCUGGGAUUUUGAUCUACAUGGCUCUUGUUGAUCUUCUUGCAACUGACUUCAUGAACCCCAAAAUGCAAAGCAAUGUGAGGCUCCAACUUGGGGCAUAUGCUACUCUUCUUUUGGGGGCAGCUUCUAUGUCAGUUCUGGCCAAAUGGGGUGGAAUCUGAUCUCCCUUUUUCCAACCCUUUUUCUCUUGAUCUGACCCAAAUAGAUCAUGGACUGGAAUUGGAGUUUUGCAUUCUCUAUGGUAUGUGUUUAACUUUAUUGACAAAGUUGUUCCAAUAAUAUUUUCUCAAUCUGAAUUGGCACACCUACAAAAUGUUGUGCUCUUUUCUGUGUUGAGCUACAGCAACUACAUGAAAUUGAAGACCAUCUUUGCCUUUUGA